GCAGCCGCCAGCCCCAGCGCCUGCCUGCGUCCCUGCCCCGUCCUGCCGGGCCGGGCUGGGUCGCCGGGGGCAUGGGGCCGCGGCGCUGAGAUGGCCGAGGGCUGGCGAUGGAGCGGGGCCGGCCGAGGCCCCCGGCGGGCCGUGAGCGUCUGCGAGUCGCUGGACCUGCAGGGCGUCCCCGCCGUCCAGGCAGCCCUCCGCGCCGCCCAGCAGCAGAGGAGGAGGCCCAAGAGCCUGUGCUCCGUGGGCAAUGGCCUGGGCCCCAGCCCCCUGGCCCUGCCGGCCCCCGCCAGAUCCCGCGGCAGCCUGCUGGACUUCUUCCGGCUGCGCUCACCGCGCCGGCGGCCCGAGGACAGGGACGGCGACGGCGACGAGGGGGGCGCAGGUGCCGCACCGCUGCUGUCCCCAGGGCCGGCCGGGGGGCCUUGCCCGCGCCCCGCCAGCAUGACCCUGCCGCCCCCGACGCCCCCGGCCGAGGGCACCGGCUUCCUGCGGGGCGGCUCGCUGUGGAGCAGCCGGCGCUGGAACCUCUUCGGGGGCGGCGGGGGCCAGAGCAGCCCGAGCCCCCACCGCAGCUUCGGGUCGCUGCGCAAGAGCUUCAGCUUCCGGCUGCGCCGGGGCCACGGACUGCGGCGCUCAGAGUCGGGCGCCUUGCCGCGGCCCCCGCGCCUCCGCACGCGCAGCGAGGGCGACGCCAGCUCCCUGCACACCUGCCCCAGCAAGCGUGACCUGCUCUACCCUGACCUGCCCCGGCCCGGUGGCUCGCGGCCCCCGGGGGCCAGCCAGCCCGGCGGCUUCUGGAGACUCCUCACCAGCCGCUUCCGCAGGCGGGAGCGAGGCAGCGACGGCGACGCCGGCCCCCGGGACCCCCAGAGAGGGGCCGAGCCCUGUCUGCUCGGGAGCAGCGCGCUGCGAGCCCUGGAUUCAUUUGUGAACAGCCAGGAGUGGACCCUGAGCCGCUCGGUGCCGGAGCUCAAAGUGGGCAUCGUGGGGAACCUCUCCAGCGGCAAGUCGGCGCUGGUGCAUCGCUACCUGACCGGCACCUACGUGCAGGAGGAGUCCCCAGAAGGCGGACGGUUUAAGAAGGAGAUCGUCGUGGACGGUCAGAGUUACCUGCUGCUGAUUCGAGACGAAGGGGGCCCCCCUGAGCUCCAGUUCGCGGCUUGGGUGGAUGCCGUGGUGUUUGUCUUCAGCUUGGAGGAUGAGAUCAGCUUCCAGACGGUGUAUAACUACUACCUGCGGCUCUGCAGCUACCGCAACACGGCCGAGGUGCCCAUGGUGCUGGUGGGUACGCAAGAUGCCAUCAGCGCCACGAACCCUCGCGUCAUCGACGACUCCCGGGCCCGGAAGCUCUCCAACGACUUGAAGCGCUGCACGUACUACGAGACCUGUGCCACCUACGGCCUGAAUGUGGAGCGAGUCUUCCAGGACGUGGCGCAGAAGGUGGUCGCCCUGCGCAAGAAGCAGCAGCUCUCCAUCGGCCCCUGCAAGUCCCUGCCCAACUCGCCCAGCCACUCGUCCGUCUCUGCGGCCUCCAUCCCCUCUGUGCACAUCAACCAGGCCACCAACGGCAGCGGAGCCUUUAGUGACUACUCCUCCUCUGUGCCCUCCACCCCCAGCAUCAGCCAGCGGGAGCUGCGGAUCGAGACCAUCGCCGCUUCCAACACGCCCACCCCCAUUCGCAAGCAGUCAAAGCGUCGUUCCAACAUUUUCACGUCUCGAAAGGGCGCCGACCCGGAGCGGGACAAGAAGGUGCCGGAGUGCAAGGCGGACAGCAUCGGCAGCGGGCGCGCCAUCCCCAUCAAGCAGGGCAUCCUCCUGAAGCGCAGCGGCAAGUCCCUCAACAAGGAGUGGAAGAAGAAGUACGUGACGCUGUGCGACAACGGGCUGCUCACCUACCACCCCAGCCUGCACGAUUACAUGCAAAACGUGCACGGCAAGGAGAUCGACCUGCUGAGGACGACCGUGAAGGUGCCAGGCAAGCGGCUCCCAAGGGCGACUACGGCCACGGCCCCCAGCGCCAGCCCCAAGACCAACGGGCUCGCCAAGGAGCGGAGCAGCACGCAGUUCCCGGGGAACACUGGUGCCCCGCACUCGACCAGCAGUACCUCCCUGCACUCGGAGCGCUCCAUCAGUGGCAUCAACCUGGUGGGCUUCAGCUCCAAGCCGGAUGGCAUGCACCAGCGCUCCUACUCCGUCUCCAGCGCUGACCAGUGGAGCGAGGCCGUGGCUGGCCCCGGCGCCUGCCCGAACCCCCCUAACGGCACGGCAGAUUCUCUCAGCUCCAGCCCGAACAUUUCCAACGCUGCCAGCCCGAAGCUGGAGCCACCUCCGUCCCCGCAUGCGAACAGGAAGAAACACCGCAGAAAAAAGAGCACGGGGACGACCCGGCCCGACGGCCCCAGCGCAGCCGCGGAAGAGCCGGAUGAGCCGUUCGAGUUCAUCAUCGUGUCGCUGACGGGGCAGACGUGGCUCUUCGAAGCCUCGACAGCGGAGGAGCGGGAGCUGUGGGUCCAGGCCAUCGAGAGCCAGAUCCUGGCCAGCCUGCAGGGCUGCGAGAGCAGCAAGAACAAGGCUCGGCUGGGCAGCCAGAGCGACGCGCUGGCCCUGCAGGCCGUCCGCACCGCCCGCGGCAACAGCUUCUGUGUGGACUGCGAUGCACCCAACCCUGACUGGGCAAGCCUGAACCUGGGCGCUCUCAUGUGCAUCGAGUGCUCCGGCAUCCACCGCAACCUGGGCACGCACCUGUCCCGCGUCCGCUCCCUGGACCUGGACGACUGGCCUGGCGAGCUGCUCGCCGUCAUGACGGCCAUCGGCAAUGCCCUGGCCAACGCCGUCUGGGAGGGCGCCGUCGAGGGCUACCCCAAGCCCGGCCCUGAGAGCAGCAGGGAAGAGAAGGAGCGCUGGAUCCGGGCUAAGUACGAGCAGAAGCUAUUCGUGGCCCCGCUGCCGCCGUCGGACGUGCCGCUGGGGCAGCAGCUGCUGCGAGCGGUGGUGGAGGAUGACCUGCGCCUGGUGGUGACGCUGCUGGCCCACGGCACCAAGGAGGAGGUGAACGAGACCUACGGGGAUGGCGAUGGGCGCACGGCGCUGCACCUCUCCUGCGCCAUGGCCAACGUCGUCUUCACGCAGCUCCUCAUCUGGUACGGGGUGGACGUGAAGAGCCGGGACGCCCGCGGACUGACGCCCCUGGCGUACGCCCGGCGCGCCGGCAGCCAGGAGUGUGCCGACAUCCUGCUGCAGCACGGGUGCCCCAGCGACGCCGCCCUCUCCACGCUGACCCCCAGCCUGCCCCGCCGCAACGCCAACGCCAACAACAACGCUGCCGAGCUCAGCGCCAGCCCCGGCCCCCACUAGCCGCCCGCCCGCCCCGUCCCACCCCGCUGCACGGGGGCCUGGCUCUGGGGACGGGCCCCCCCUGCCUGGCACAGGCUAGGUGGUGGGGGCCAGUAGCCCCAGCAUGUCCCCAGGGCGGGGAGCCCUGGUCCUGGCCUGGAGAUGGGGGCGCAGGCUGCCUGCCCCCCGAGUCCCCAGUGCUCAGAGCGGGGUGGCGAGUGCCCCCAUAUCCAGUAUCAGGUUGGGGGGGCUCCUAUGAGCUGCCCCCCAGCUGGUGCGGGGGCAGUUCUGCAGCCCCCCUUGCCCCCUCCAGCCGGUACGAGGGGGCCGGCCCCGUGGGCGCUGCCUGCGGCAGGUACGAACGGGCAGUUCCUCUGAGCUCCCCAAAGCCAGUGUGGGGGGACGGUUCCUGCGAGCUCCCCUCCGCCCUCCUGCAGCCCCCCAUGAGGCUGGCGCCGGGCUGCGUGCAUGCUGCUCUUGCUACGGGGCCACGGAGCUGGACCCGCUGCCUCGCACCGUAAAGGGACCCCUGCUCCCCCGCAGCCUCUGUGCCCGCUAAGAGCAGGGUGGAUGGGACCGUGGCCCCAGGAGCCCACUGCCUGCAUCCGUGUGCCCACCGGGCCAUUGCCCUCCUGGCUCUCUGCCGAGGCUGGCAUCGGUGUGCCCCUGCCCCGCGUCGGCGGCACGGCACGGCACGGCUGGCUCGAGGGCAGACAGCUGCUCUGCUUCCCCCCACGAGCCUGCGGCCGGCACCAGGCACCGGGCUCCCAGCCGCGGGUGCAGCCCCCAGGCCAUCCCCGCCCCCGUGUAUAAAAUGUACAUUGGAAAUAUUUAUAUGGACGCACUGUAAAUACUGUUUCUUUGCCCUGUGUGUGUGACCUGCAGCCGAGGAGAAACGGCCAAUAAAGCACCCUGCCAGCA